AUGUCGAUGAACGCCAUCGUGGCCGCGCAGGGCAUCCAGAUCUGGCGCUGGUUCCAUGCUAGGUACCCCUCCAAGGGCACCGACGCCAAGCGCGCCGUCCCGCGCAACAUCCUGGAGCAGAUCAUCUGGGACAAGGAGGUGGAGGUGAUCCAGAGGAAGGCCCGGACGCCGCUCAGUGACAUGAAGGCCUCCGCGGUGCUCGCCCCGCCGCCCAGGGACUUCCUCGGGGCGCUGCACGCGGCGUGCCACCGCAACGGUGAAGUCCCGGCGCUCAUUGCCGAGGUUCAUGAUGAGAGGGAGUUGGAUCGCGUCCUCAAGGUAGAUGGUGUUGAGCUUAUCGGCAUCAACAACCGCAGUCUAGUCGAUACUGCCAACACAAACAUGUUGUUGGAGAAACGUGGUUACAUCAUCAAGAAGAAGAGAAUACAGGUUGUGAGCGAGUCUGGAUUGUUCACUCCUGAUGAUGUGGCAUAUGUACAAAAUGCUGGCAUUUUCACGGUUUUGGUAGGAGAAUCCCUACUGGCGCAGGAAGAUCCUGGCCGAGCAAAUGCUGGGCUGUUCGGGAAGGAGCUCUUACCUUAA